AUGGAGGAAGAAGUUGCUGCUCUCGUUAUUGACAAUGGCUCUGGCAUGUGCAAAGCUGGCUUUGCUGGUGAUGAUGCGCCACGAGCGGUUUUCCCAUCCAUUGUCGGUCGACCUCGUCACCACGGUAUCAUGAUCGGUAUGGGUCAGAAAGACUCGUACGUCGGUGACGAAGCCCAAUCCAAGCGUGGUAUUUUGACGCUGAGAUAUCCUAUCGAACACGGUGUGGUCACCAACUGGGAUGACAUGGAAAAGAUUUGGCACCACACUUUCUACAACGAAUUGCGAGUGGCUCCCGAAGAGCACCCUGUCUUGUUGACUGAGGCUCCUAUCAACCCCAAGUCCAACAGAGAAAAGAUGACGCAGAUCGUCUUCGAGACCUUCAACGCUCCCGCCUUCUAUGUCUCUAUCCAGGCCGUGCUUUCCCUUUACGCCUCCGGUCGUACCACUGGCAUCGUCCUUGACUCUGGCGAUGGUGUCACUCACGUCGUCCCUAUCUAUGAGGGUUUCUCACUUCCCCACGCCAUCUCCCGUGUCGAUAUGGCUGGUCGUGAUUUAACCGACUACCUGAUGAAGAUCUUGGCUGAGCGAGGCUACACUUUCUCCACCACUGCCGAGCGAGAAAUCGUUCGAGACAUCAAGGAGAAACUCUGCUACGUUGCGCUUGACUUCGAGCAGGAGAUUCAGACUGCUUCUCAAAGCUCCAGCUUGGAGAAAUCAUAUGAACUUCCCGAUGGUCAGGUCAUCACCAUCGGCAACGAACGAUUCCGAGCUCCUGAGGCCCUUUUCCAGCCCAGCGUUCUUGGUCUUGAAUCUGGCGGUAUUCACGUCACCACUUUCAACUCCAUCAUGAAGUGUGAUGUCGAUGUUCGUAAGGACUUGUACGGUAACAUUGUCAUGUCUGGCGGUACCACUAUGUACCCAGGUAUUUCCGACCGUAUGCAAAAGGAAAUUACCGCUCUUGCACCGUCUUCUAUGAAGGUCAAGAUCAUUGCGCCACCUGAGCGUAAAUACUCUGUCUGGAUCGGAGGUUCCAUUUUGGCAUCUCUUUCCACCUUCCAGCAAAUGUGGAUCUCCAAGCAAGAGUACGAUGAGAGUGGUCCUUCGAUUGUCCACCGCAAGUGCUUCUAA